GCCCUGCAGUGGUCUCGCAAUCCGGCUUCAGUGGAGGGAGAGGAGCCAGAGGAUACAGCUGAUGUGGAAAGCUGCGGGUCAAAUGAAGCCAGCACUGUGAGUGGUGAAAAUGAUGUAUCUCUUGAUGAAACAUCUUCAAAUGCAUCCUGUUCUACAGAAUCUCAGAGUCGGCCUCUUUCCAGUCCCAGGGACAGCUACAGAGCUUCCUCACAGGCAAACAAGCAAAAGAAAAAGACUGGGGUGAUGCUGCCUCGAGUUGUCCUCACUCCUCUGAAGGUAAACGGGGCCCACGUGGAAUCUGCAUCAGGGUUCUCUGGCCGCCACGGUGAUGGCGAGAAUGGCAGCCCAUCCAGCAGCAGCAGCGGCUCUCUGGCCCUCGGCAGCGCUGCUAUUCGUGGCCAGGCUGAGGUCGCCCGGGACCCUGCCCCGCUCCUGAGAGGCUUCCGGAAGCCAGCCGCAGGUCAAAUGAAGCGCAACAGAGGGGAAGAGAUAGAUUUUGAGACACCAGGGUCCAUUCUUGUCAACACCAACCUCCGUGCCCUAAUAAACUCUCGGACCUUCCAUGCCCUGCCGUCACACUUCCAGCAGCAGCUCCUCUUCCUCCUGCCCGAAGUGGACAGACAGGUGGGGACAGAUGGCCUGUUGCGUCUCAGCAGCAGUGCACUAAAUAAUGAGUUUUUCACGCAUGCAGCUCAGAGCUGGCGGGAGCGCCUGGCUGAUGGCGAAUUCACUCAUGAGAUGCAAGUCAGGAUACGACAGGAAAUGGAGAAGGAAAAGAAGGUGGAACAAUGGAAAGAAAAGUUCUUUGAAGAUUACUAUGGACAAAAAUUGGGUUUGACCAAGGAAGAGUCAUCGCAGCAGAAUGUGGGCCAGGAGGGAGCCGAAAUCAAGAGUGGCUUGCGUGUCUCAGGAGAAUCAGCACGGCCACAGCGUGGUCCAGCCACUCGACAGCGGGAUGGGCAUUUUAAGAAACGCUCUCGCCCAGAUCUUCGAACCAGAGCCAGAAGAAAUCUGUACAAAAAACAGGAGCCAGAACAAGCAGGGGUUGCUAAGGAUGCAAAAUCUGUGCCCCCAGACGCCCCCGUCUCCAAGGAUGGGGAGCCUAAGACCGACCAAGCAGGGGUGAGCAGUCCCCACCUGCCAAGCAUUUCCUCUGCAGCACCUGACCCAGAGGGUCCUGAAUUCCCGGUCGAAACUGUGGCUUCCCAGAUCCAGACUGAGCUGGACAAAUUGGCAUGUGCCUCUGCAUCUCCAGAUAGAAUUCCCAACUUGCCUCAGGAGACUGUGGAUCAGGAGCCCAAGGAUCAGAAGAGGAAAUCCUUUGAGCAGGCAGCUUCUGGAUCCUUUCCCGAAAAGAAACCCCGGCUUGAAGAUCGUCAGUCCUUUCGUAACACAAUUGAAAGUGUUCACACCGAAAAGCCACAGCCCACUAAAGAGGAGCCCAAAGUCCCGCCCAUCCGGAUUCAACUUUCACGUAUCAAACCACCCUGGGUGGUUAAAGGUCAGCCCGCUUACCAGAUAUGCCCCCGGAUCGUCCCCAUCACGGAGUCCUCCUGCCGGGGCUGGACUGGUGCCAGGACCCUCGCAGACAUUAAAGCCCGUGCUCUGCAAGUCCGAGGGUCGAGAGGCCCCCACUGCCAUCGAGAGGCGGCCACAACUGCCAUCGGAGGGGGGGGUGGCCCGGGUGGAGGUGGCGGCGGGGCCACCGAUGAGGGAGGUGGCAGAGAUGGCGGCAGUGGUGAUGGUGGUGAGGCCUGUGGCCACCUUGAGCGCAGGGGAGCCCCGAGCACCUCUGGAGAGCAUGCGUCAGAUCUACAGCGAACACAACUACUGCCGCCUUGUCUUCUAAAUGGGGAGCAUACCCAGGCUGAAACUGCCAUGUCCAGAGCCAGAAGAGAGGAUCUGGCUUCUCUCAGAAAGGAGGAGAGCUGCCCACUACAGAAGGUUCCAGAUGUACUCACACAUGGGCUGGAAGAUGCUUCCCCACUCCCCGUUGCUCCAACUGGGGACCAGCCAUGCCAGGCUUUGCCUCCACUGUCCUCCCAGACCCCAGUAGCUGAGAGAUUAGUUGAGCAGCCCAAGUUGCAUCUAGAUGUUAGAACUGAAUGUGAGUCUGGUACCACUUCCUGGGAGAGGGAUAAGGAGGUGCAAGGACUCACUGUUCCCCCAGAGAAUGGUCCUCUUCAGCAUCUCGUGGGAGAUGUCAUAUUAGAAGAAGGAACUGGCCAGGUUCUUGACAGUAAUCCCGCUAUGAAGGAUCCUGUACAUGUGACCCCCAAUUCCCCACCUGAAUUGUCUUUGGCUGACUGCCUGCAGGGCAGACUGUUUGAUGACAAAGCAGGAUUUGGUGACUUAUGCCCACCCAUGAGGGAAAGUGACACUAGAGAGGAAAACUUGAAACCGGAGGAAGCGCUCAUUUCUGAUGCUGCUGUUCCUUGGAUACCCGUUCCAUCCAGUGAUGAGGGAAUGAAACAGCCUGGGCCAGAAUCCAGAGAGAACGUGCCAUCUGUUGAGCCCCAGGUCAGAGAAGAGUGGGAGAAAGCUGCUGCCCUCAUCCCUGCAUUGCCUGGGGGGUCGACAGCUGAGGCAGGUCUAGAGCCUCCUGACAGCCCUGCUUCGCCCUGGAGGGUGCUGUCUCGAGGAGGCAUUGACAGCACUGGCAGUGACUGCAAACAGGUGGACGGGGGAAAGCUGAAAAUCAGUGGAGACUCUGAAGCACUGAGUCCUCACAGCGAGUCCACAGACACAGCCUCUGACUUUGAAGGCCACCUCACUGAGGACAGCAGUGAGGCUGACACUAGUGAAGUCAUGGUGAUGAAGGGAUCUUUGGUGGACAAGGAUGAGAAACCCGAUUGGAAUCCAUCUGCCUCACUGUCCAAGGUGAAUGGUGACCUGAGUCUGGUUGCAAGGACAGAUGGGAUGGUUGCUCCUCAGAGCUGGGUAUCUCGAGUAUGUGCAGUCCCCCAGAAGAUCUCAGAUUCUCUGCUGCUGGCCAGUACUGAAUACCUGCCGAGGCCCAUGUGCCUGGCCAGGCCUGGGUCCUUAGUGGAAGCCACUAACCCACUUGUGAUGCAGUUGCUACGGAGUAACUUGCCCCUAGAUAAGGUUCUUCCUCCACCCCAGAGUGGCAGCAAGCUAGAAUCCCCACAACUACCACUCACAAAAGAGCAGAGCCAUGGGGUCUCCCUGUGCAUGGGAUCUUUGCAUGAUCCUGGAGAAAAUGGUCGCAUGGUUGGCGGAAGCAGUUCUGGUACUUUAAGAGCUUUGAAGGAACCUCUUCUGCCUGAGAGCUGUGAAGCAGGUACUGGUCUUGUGAGGAUAGAGGCCACCAAAGCUCUGGGAGUGCCCCAAAAGAUUUCUAAGACAGUGCCAGGUUUGGACUCCCUACAUCCAGUGACAAAUCCGAUGACUUCUUCUGAUGAGAUUGGGUGCAUUCAGGCUGGUAUGGCCGUGGACUCGAUGUCUUCUUCUGGGAAACUGGAAGAAGUGGAUUCCAAAGAGCAGUUUCCUUCCUUUAGUUUUGAAGAUCAGAAAGAAAUUCGUGAUGUGUCCCAGUGCAGUAAUUCAAAUGCUGUUCCAGGCAGAAGUUCAGGAGAUCUCACUACCUCGAGAGCACCUUGUUUCUCAUCUCCAAAUGUGAUCUCCUUUGGUCCAGAGCAGGCAGGUCGGACCCUGGGUGAUCAGAACAAUGUUGGAGGUCAAGGGAAGAAGCUCUUUGGCUCUGGGAAUGUGGCUGCAACCCUUCAGUGCCCCAGGCCUGUGGACCCAGUGACACUGCCAGCCGAGGUCCCUCCAGUGUUUCCCACUAGGAAGUUGGGGCCAAGCAAAAAUUUUGUGUCUGGUGGGGUACAGACUGCAAGGGAAGACUGGGCUCCAAAGCCACCGCCUGCCGCUGUUGGCAGCAUCAAGUCCGAGAAGACUUGUAUAGGGGAUCCUCUCAAGGCAAAUGCAGAGAACAGAAAAGCUGCUGGGCAUAGUCCUCUGGAACUGGUGGGUCAGUUGCAAGGGAUGCCCUUUGUCAUGGACCUGCCCUUUUGGAAAUUACCCCGAGAGCCAGGGAAAGGGUUCAGUCAGCCUUUGGAGCCUUCUUCUAUCCCCUCCCAACUCAACAUCAAGCAGGCAUUUUAUGGAAAGCUCUCUAAACUCCAGCUAAGUUCUGCCAGCUUUAAGUAUUCCUCCAGCUCAGCCACCUUUCCCAAAGGCCUCACUGGAAGCGUGGUGCAGCUGAGCCACAAAGCGAACUUUGGUGCGAGCCACAGUGCGUCACUCUCCUUGCAGAUGUUCACUGACAGCAGCACAGUGGAAAGCAUCUCACUCCAGUGUGCAUGCAGCCUGAAAGCCAUGAUCAUGUGCCGAGGCUGUGGUGCGUUCUGUCAUGAUGACUGCAUCGGACCCUCAAAGCUCUGUGUAUUGUGCCUUGUGGUGAGAUAAUAAAUUAUGGCUGUGGGAAGAAUUGUAUAUUUACUGUGUGUAUUUUGAUAAUGAUUGAUCUAAUCUGUAUAUGGAAUAUCAUAUUAUAGACUGUCUCUCUAGGCAAGAGCACUCUUGCCUCCCCCUAAGAUUUAUAGUGCUAAAGCCUUCUGCCACUUGUUGACCCUUCUGGUCUUGCUAUGGGAUUUCCUGGGGGCAACCUGUUGGGCUGUCUAAGGCCGGCCAGCCUGAGCUCUCUCUUAGACAGAGCCUGGUGUGGGCGGGAAGCCCGCCUGACACCCAGAGGGACUUGAAACUGAGGCGACAAGAUUGUGUUCUCCACCAAGGAAACUAACCUACCUGAACUGAGUAGAAAUGUCAGUCUUCCACUGUCCCCUCCCUGCCAUCUCUUCUGCUACUGUGUUUGGGGAGUUGAUGGCUGGGUAAGAAACCAGCACAGGGCUGAAGCAACUCCCAGCAUUGCCCACCAGGGGGCUCAAGUACCUGCUGACCUCAGGGUCACAGUCCAGUUAUUUGCCAGUCAACAGAGCCAGUUUGACCUUUGGUUCUGUUGCUAAAGCAAAUUUGGAACUUUCCUGUCUCAGUAUGAUCCACUGGCCCGUGGGAUCUUUUGGAACCUUGACUAGCCCUGCUUGGACAAUAGGGUCGGGGAAUAGGGUUGUCUUUCUUAUGAAAAUCUGUAGACCUUGUGAGUCAACUGUCCAGACGUUUGCAGGUGAAUUCCUGUGCUUGACACCCUGCGCAUCACUUGGACUCUAUGGAAGUGGGCAUCUCCACGCACCUGUGUAUGUGAAAGUCAUUUUACAUUUCAAAGCAGUGUGUGUUUCUUAUUUUUAUAUUUUUAACUCUUUAUUCUUGGAUGUAUAAAGUGAACUUUUUGGCUUCUGUAAGUACGCUCUAUGCACCUCCAAUGUUUUAUCAUGUAUUUAUAUGUUGUACACAGUACUGCCCGAUUCUGUAAAUGGAUGUAUUGUACAGAGAACAUGAACGUCUCUUCUUUAUUUUACGUCUUCAACAUCAUUGCAUUAAAGUGGUGUAACUUUCUUCUCUAUGCCUAUUGUCAGAGCCACUGAGGGCUGUGCUGCACAACGUGAGGGUGAAAUGAUUGACUUGUGAUCUGCGCUGUCUCAGGUCACCGGGUGGAUCUGCCAUGGCCUGCAGAGCCAGGUCAGCCCACCUGUGUAUCACUGAGCACAUUCAUCUUGCUCUUCACGUCUCUUCUUCUCCAGCCUUUAAUGGCUGUUCGCUUCCAUAUGUGACAAAUCACCACAACCAGUGUUAAGUGCUUCUGGAUUCGUGGGUGAGUUCCCUGGGCAGCCCCCAAGGGCAGGCUUUCCAGAUCUGGCUCCAGGGUCAUCACCUGUCACAGCAAUACCAGGGACUGUGCUCUCUUGGGGCCAUGGGGCUCCUUUUGACAUACUUUUGAAGCAGGUUUGGGAAGAAACAGAGCCAUGCCCGCUACCUGCCUUUCUCACACCACAUUUCCAGCAAGUGGGUGUCCCUGUAUUUGUCUUGCUUCAUCUGGUUUCCUGCCUUAUUUCUUGUAUCUUAUCUUAUGAGAGUUGAGAGUCCUCAUUUCCUUUAGAUCUCCCUGUGUGAGUGCUUCUGUAUGAAGUAUGAAAUUUGUGUGAUUUCGGCAAGUCUCAUUUCAUCUGAAAGAUUUUAAUCUGACAUGGCGUUUUUGUCAUCCGCAGCAUGAGUGAGAAGUUGGUGAUGAUGAGGUGAAUUAAAAUGCAGUAUUGGCCAAGUCCAAGUCCUCAGCUCAAGAGUCUGUUUACCAAAGACCAGGAGCAGGGACCCAAGUGUGUCCAGUCCUCCUUUCUGCUGGAACCUUUGGGGCCACUCAAGGGUAUAGUUUGACACUGGUCUAGUCCAUGGCACUGCCCAGAGAAAGCACUGCUCUUGUAUGUCUUUGUGGUAUUGGAAAAAUAAACCUGUACAACCUGCA